AUGGGUCGUCUUCUACGGCUGCAACUGCUUCAUCUGUCUCUCAAUUCCUUCAGUGGGAAAUUUCCAUCUAAUAUAUCUCACUGCACACAACUAAGAGUGCUCAAUGUUAUUUCCAAUGAGCUUACUGGGUCGAUCCCGGAUCAACUUGGUUCAUUAUUGAAGUUAACUCAUCUAUGGCUUCAGGGUAACCAUCUUCCUGGAAAAAUCCCAGAGUGGAUAGGAAACUUUUCAUCUUUGUAUAGUAUAGCUCUUGGCGACAAUAAUUUACAGGGAAGGAUACCCAAUCAGCUCGGGCGCCUAACAAGCCUGGGAAACUUCCUAGUUUCGAGCAAUAAUCUGUCUGGUAUGGUCCAUUCUUCAAUUUAUAAUAUUUCUUCCAUACACAUUUUCAGUGUUACUGACAACCAGCUGCGUGGAGAGCUGCCGCAAAACGCUGGCAUUACUCUUCCUAAUUUGGAGGUAUUUGCCGGCGGUGUCAACAAAUUCACAGGAACUAUUCCAGCAUCAUUGUCAAAUGCUUCUAGACUUCGGCUUCUUGAUUUUGCUGAAAAUGGUCUCACUGGUAAACUCCCUGCUGAAAGUCUUGGAAGGUUGAAAUGGUUAAGUAGAGUGAACUUUGAUGACAAUUCACUGGAAAGUGGGAAAGCUGGUGACCUUACUUCUCUCAGUUUCCUUGCUAACUGUACUAAUCUUGAGGUGUUGAGUUUUAGCCGUAUUCAUCUUGGAGGUGAAUUGCCAGAAUCCAUAGCCAACCUAUCAACCAAACUGAGGAUAUUUACAAUGGGAGGAAAUCUGAUAUAUGGACCCCUCCCUACUAGCAUUGGAAAUCUGGUAAACUUGACAAAUCUUGGAAUGGAACAAAACCACAUUGGUGGUAGUCUCCCUGAUGUGAUCGGGAAGCUUUACACGUUAGAGGGACUGUAUUUGAAUCUGAACAUAUUUUCAGGGCCAAUCCCAUACUCCAUGGGGAACUUGACUUUGGUGACAAGGCUCUUCAUGGAGGGAAAUAGGUUUGAGGGAAGCAUACCUCCAAGUCUCGGAAACUGCCAAAAUCUUUUGAUACUCACCCUUUCUAGUAACAAGUUAGAUGGUACCAUACCUAAAGAGGUACUAGGACUUUCAUCCCUCUCAAUUUCUUUGAGCAUGCAUGUCUCAAAAUUCUUUGAGUGGUUCCCUACCCGAUGA